UAUAGCCUAUAGAUAGCUGUAACAUCGGACUACCUUAAAUAAUUCUGGCUUAUUAAUUACGAUAUUUGUGAGGAAGAAAAAGAUACAGACCAUGCUUUACAUCUGAUCCUGCAACCUCCGCUGCAUACAGGGCAUCGUGAAAGUGGACGUUCCCCCUACCUAUGAACACCACCUGACCCAUAUACAUGGAGGGCAAAGAAGAGAUCAGUGACACAGACAGUGGUAUCAUUCUCCACUCUGGCCCUGAUAGUCCUUGCAAGAUUAUGAAGGACGUGAUCACUCAUACCCGGGCCGUCAAACUCAAGCACCAGUCACUGGAGGACCGGCUAGAGCUCUGCCUACUGGAGCUGAAGAAACUCUGCAUCCGAGAGGCUGAGCUAACUGGUCGGCUGUCUGCAGACUACCCUUUGCUGCCUGGGGAGCAGCCGCCUCAAAUUCGCCAACGCAUCGGAGCAGCCUUCAAACUAGACGAGCAGAGCAUCCCACAGGGAACAGAGGACUCAGAGCUAAACUCUGUGGAAGCUGAGCUAUCCCUUCAGCUGCAGAUAUACAAAGCGGCCCAAAGACUGUGCCAUGAGGAACACCUCAGCAAGGCGGUGAAGAGAAGCCGGUUACAGCAGUGCAAGCGUGAGGAGAAGAAAGUCAAACAACUGCAGGAAACAGCAUUUCAGCUGCGCCUACAGCACGGGCGGUCUUCACCACGGCCAGGCUGCAUCAGCACACGGAGAGAUCAGGGCACUUCUGAUGAUAGCGCUCUGUCGGAUUCGGCACUGCUCGAUGAAGAAGAGGUGAUCAGUCAGUCAUCUGAACCAUCCGUGGAGCCCCCUCACCCAGGAGGACCAGUAGACCCUCCCCAGCCACCCCCUACUACUCCAACCCUGGAGGAGCUACAGUCCAGCUUCAACACCAGCCUGGAAUUGGAGCCCCCUCCCAUUGAGCACUCACCUUGGACCGAGUCCAGUCUGGACCAGCCUUACCAGAAGACCAAGAAGAAGUCACACUCAUGUAGCAGCAAGUCAAGCAGUAGUCCAGCCGUGACCCCUGUGUUGCCUCCAGUGGAAGCCUGUUAUGAAGACACUGCUCUGCCCCUGCAGUUCUCCUCCCAUCUCAGACUGUGCCACACCCAGUCAAACAGCGCCCCCUCCACCCCGGAGAUGCACCUUCGCCGCCAGCUCUCUCUCAGGCUUCCCAACAGUGAGCCUCCGUUGAACCUGGAUAAGGACCGGGGUCGUACCCGUGUUCCCAGGAGGCUACUGACGGAUUACGUUGUAACUUCUCCAGGCGAGUCCCCCGUCCAGAGGGGAGGAUACAGAAACCCCAUUUACAACUCCAACUCUGAGACUGAGGACAGUAACUCUGAACACUCUGCCCUAUCCUACACUAGCUCCCCGUGUCAUGAGAUGCCCUGUGACCUGCCAAGGCAGUGUCAGCCCACCUAUAGGUACCAACAUUCCAGCCCCAACAACAAUCAUGGACCAAUGGCCUACCCCCCAGGCCCCGGCUUCUACCAAAACCACCAGCACCAGUCCACCCCCAGCUUCCACAGGGGUUACUAUGACCACGGGAUCUACCCCUCAGAGAUGGACAUGGCCAGGCUGUAUCACGGCCCUCUGCCCCCCUGUCACUCCAGUCGAUAUGAGCACUGGUAUGAGGAGGCCCCUGUGCACCCCCAGCGGGCUCUCACGCCCCUGCCCCCCCACAUCAGACUGUCCCGCGCCCCCUCGCUCAGAGAGUACCCCCACCACCCCUCCAGAGGCUUCCCCCACCACCCCUCCAGAGGCUUCCCCCGGCAGGUGGUAAACGAGGAGCUCAAGUCAUGGCACCAGCGCAACCAGUUCAGACCUCGCUCCCUGGACAGACAGGUUGCGGACAGGGUGAGGAACGUACCUGGCUGUGAAUCACCUCUUUCCCACCACCACAAAUACCCUGAACAGGCUCCCCAGAGACGGGUCCUCCAGAGGGCAGCGGAUGGGACCCCGGUGCAGUGGUUUGUGGGAGACGACUCGGAGCUCGUCAGUCAGGUGUAGGACUAGGGAGAGGGCCCCAAGUGCCACACCCUCUCUGGAACACUCUGACCUCCGGCCCACAAAGCCCUAUUUAUUCAUUAAUUUAUUACACCAAUGAACCUGGUGCUGAUAUGAGAUGAGCGAGAGACUGGGCAUAAUAUCAAAGCGGACCUGAGGCUUUAUACCAUUGACCUCAAAAUGUUACCCGGGCAACAACAAAUGAUCAACUGAAGGCAUGAAUUAACAGACCACAAUGUUACCAUGGUGCCUACCUUUUUACUGUGAAAAAGCUACUGUUUUGAACAUUAUUUCAUGGUUAGUUUGUUAGCUGUUUUUUGUACGGAUCUGUUGCGUUUAGUACUAUGAAAAAUCUUUCUAAAAUAUGUAUUGUUUUUCUAAAAAAAAUCUUUCUCUGUAGUUAAUAAAGUUAAUAAAUAAUUAAAUAAAGAUUUAUACUGUUAAUCCUGUCAGUGUCAUUCUGUUGUAAAUUAAACUUUCUUCAGAGUUGGGAAUUCAAUUCCAACAGGAAUGUGGACCUGUCAAAUAUUUUGUUUAAUUGAAUCAGAAUAAGUACCAGUAUUAUUUUGUCAUCAGUCGUACAUUCAGCGUUGAAGAUGCACUAUCUUUAUCAAUGUACUAUUUACCUGACAGAUAUUUGAAGCAAAACACUUGACUGGCAACCGAGUUCAACUGAUGCCUUUAUUUCUCACCUUUCACCACCUGGUUGUGGACAUAUAUUACGCCAUUGAUAAACCAUUAUUUUAUAAUGCAUAUGAAUGCACUUUUUGUACAUAGAUAAAUGGUACUUAAAAGUUCGAAUAUUUUGCUAUGGAUGUCACAUGUCACAUUGAACAGUGAUCCUAUGUUAUUCUAAAUAAAAUCUCAUUUGUUUCACGUAUCCUAUGAAUGAUAUUCAUAUUAAUAGUUGUAAUCAGUUUGUCCUUUUUUUGUUUACAUAAGCUAUUAGUCAUUUAGCUGACUGGCUAAAACGGGCACUUUUACAGUAAUGUUGAUUAAUG